CAAAUGUCCAGUCAAAAACAUUGUUUCCAGCCAACGAAACGUCAAUUCCUCUACAAACAUAAAUUAUAUAUAUUUUCUACUUACAAUUCUGUCCCGACUAUUUAAGGUAUAUUAACUUUAGAACACUUUAUAAGUGCUAAGUUGUAGGUGUUAGAGUAUAUAUAAAAAUAACAAAACACAAAAGGGACCAUUAAGGGCAAUUCGUAAAACAGAAAGAUGUACAAAAUUCUACGGUCUUCUUUAUAAUCCACUAUGAACUAAGCCAAGAUGUUUUAGGAGCCAGCAUUCGAAUCAGUUUUAGUAGCAAUAGUGCUUCUCUGCAAGAGACAUGCCUUUUACAAGCAGGGGAAUGUUUCGAUUUUCGCUGUUCCUGACGGGAUACAUACUAUUUCUUAUUGUCGGUGCCUCUAUAUUCGCAGCAAUAGAAGAACCCGAAGAACUAGAAAAGGUUCAAGAAAUUCGAACUUUGCGGUACAACUUUCUAAAGGAAAAUCCGUGCGUAAAAGAUGAAGCACUUGAAGAACUUAUAGUAGAAAUCAUAAGCGCUAGCAACCGAGGUGUCUCAGCUAUAAAAAACGCUACAGGUGAAUCUAACUGGAGCUUUGCUCAAUCUUUAUUCUUUACCAGCACGGUAGUGACGACCAUAGGUUAUGGCCACGUCACACCUCUGAGUCGAAGCGGAAAGGUGUUUUGUAUUCUAUACGCUAUGAUAGGGAUCCCACUCACAUUGGUCCUCCUUUCCGCGAUGGUAGAACGUAUGUUGAUACCCACAAUCGGGCUCCUGCAGUGGCUUAACUCUAAGUUGGGACACUUGUACCAGCCGUUUAAUAUACGUCUUCUGCAUCUAUGUAUCAUAGCCGCAAUUUUGGUGUUAGUAUUCCUUGCGAUGCCAGCAGCUGUUUUUGCGUCAAUAGAACCUGAGUGGGAUUAUCUAGAUUCAUUGUACUACUGCUUCAUAUCACUGACAACUAUUGGUUUGGGCGACUAUAUCCCAGGCGACUCCUUUAAUCAACCCUAUAGACCGCUCUAUAAGAUUUUAACAACAGCGUACCUCUUUUUGGGAAUUACUUUUAUGAUGUUAACGCUUGCCGUUUUCUACGACAUCCCUCAACUCAAUUUGGGUAUUCUGUUCGCUCCGAGCGAUACAGACGAUGUCUCAUCCGAGAAAGUUCGUUUGGCAAGCUCAACUCAAGCCACCAUUUACGGAACAAGCUCUGACAGUCUUGAAAAUCAACACCGGCAAGUUGUCAGAGUAAGGUCGAGAAGGGAAGAUGACGAUGACAGUCCAGACGAUAACACUUCGAAGCCCCUUGGCAUUCCAUAAAAAAAUCGCACUCAAUAACUAAUGCACAAGAUGUACCUAUCCCUUAGCGAAAAUUGUCAUAUAUAUAUAUAUAUAUAUAUAUAUAUAUAUAUAUAUAUAUAUAUAUAUAUAUAUAUAUAUAUAUAUAUAUAUAUAUAUAUAUAUAUAUAUAUAUAUAUAUAUAUAUAUAUGGAUAUGCCGAAUAUUUGUUGCAAAUGUUUCUCCAUUCUCUAGUUCACUGGUUUUAAUUAACCAGCCAUUCAGCAUUGUAACUGUUAAUUUUAAUAUUGUUUCUAUUUGGUAGAAUCUGAUGACAACUUGACAUGCACAUAUACAAUUAUUUCACGUGCAAACCAUUUAUCAUUUAAAUAUUGCAAGACUGAUAUGCUCAACUAUGCUCCAAAAAUAUAAAAUCGGCAAACGAUAUUCUAAAAGCUUACUUAAAUCUAUAUUUAUAGAGUUUGGCUCUAUAAAAUCGGGUUUUCGAAAUUCGACUCUUGAAACCUCAGAAAAAAUGAAAAUUACAAUAUAAAAAUUAGAAUCUUAUUGAUUAAAAGAGAGACACAUAUGAUAGCGUAGAUCGUAACAUACAGAUGAGUGUAGAAUUUUGUUUUGUGAUGUGAGUCGCCAAUAUUUUGAAAAUCAUUAAUUUUAUUCUUUUUGUUGCUCUGGUGGGCAUACGAUGUCCUGAUGUCCUGGAUAUGUGUUUUGAUGCACUUCGAAUGUAAUGUUUCAGUUUUUCCCUUAAGUUUGGUUAAUUAGACAAUUUUCAAAAAUAUAAUGGUAUAAAGAAUUUUUGUUAAUUAUUUCUUUUUUUUUUUUUCAUUGAAACAACAAUAGGAUGAUUUUUAUUUCGUCGUUAAAAAGGCAACAACAUAAGGCUGCAAAUGAAAAUUAAAGUUGAUAUGAUGGUUUGCGAAAAACAAAACAGCCGCAACAGAUGAAAAAGUUAAUAUUUUCAAAUCACAUAAUUUACUCGCUCCAACCAAAAUCAACCUUAAUUUCUCAAAUACUUACCACAACUGACUAGAAAAUUUUACUGUGUCUCAGUUGUAAAUGGUGGGAGUCGAAUUUGAAAUACCUAAUGUACGAUUUAAAACAAAGAACACCUACCAAACCAAUGCGUAUUUAGUAAUAAGACAAACUGACUCAUUUAGGGAACACAUGGAUAAAUUGUUAUUUUUUGUAUUUUAUUCUAUCAAAAACUUGUUACGAUCUUAUUUCCUGAGAAUAAACUAUACAAUAAUUGUG